AUGGAUACACAAUUACACCCAGAUACACACAUCUCACCCGACCGUUUCAAGCGCACAAUUCUCCCAGCCCAACAGGGCGCAGAGGCUGACCACUCCCCAGUAGUCAUCUACAUGAUCAGCGGCAACCCAGGCCUAAUCAGCUACUACCACGGCUUUCUCUCGACACUCGCAGACAGACUGUCUUCUCUGUCCACCGAGCAGGGCAUCAGGAGUAAAUUCCACAUCUACGGGCACAGCCUGAGCGGAUUUGAAGUGGAAGAAUCCUCGGCCGGAAAUGGCAACGGCAGCACCACACAGCCCUGCAGCCUCGAAGAGCAAAUCUGCUUCGUCCAGCGCAAACUGGACUCUUUCAUUGGGGGGUUAGAGGUAGUAGGGCCGCGCAGAGCGAAGGUGAUCCUGGUUGGACACUCUGUAGGCUCGUACAUCGCCAUGGAAGUCCUACGCCGACACCGCGAGCGUUCCGAUGCGACCUCGACAUCGUCGUCGUCGGGGGCUGUCGGCUUUGAUAUUAUCGGGGGCGCUAUGCUCUUUCCUACUGUUGUUGAUAUUGCGCUGUCGCCGUCGGGGAGGAAACUUACCAAUAUUCUCUCUUUCGUACCGCAGCUGGCUCUGCUAGCGGGCAUAUUCGUCCGCAUCCUCGUCGCCUGCGUAUCGGAGUUUAUACUCCGCUCCCUAGUGAGAUUCUACAUGCAGUCCGCCUCACUUGAAAUGGUCACUGCCACAACAUCAUUCAUCAAAAGCAAGCGGGGCGUGCGACAAGCUCUACACAUGGCCGCCGACGAAAUGCAAACCAUCACCGCAGACAAAUGGUCCGAUGACGUUUGGGGCGUGCCCAGCGCAGGCGAACCACUGACCCGACUGUUCUUCUACUUCGGUCGGAAUGACCACUGGGUUGCGGAGCGAACGAGGGACGAUAUCAUCCACAUGCGGGGACGGCAUGUAACUGGGGGCCCGAAGAUGGUGGUUUGUGAGGAGGGGUUGCCGCAUGCUUUUGUUUUGAAGCGUGAUGAUACUGAUGUGAUGGCGACUAAGGUGGCGGGCAUGGUUAUGGAGAUUGUGCAGAUGGGUUGA